AUGUCAAAAAGAGGUUCAAAACGGGUACUGACAUCUACGUCCAUGAUCAUCGGUCCAUACAUGAUCGGUGUGUUUAUGGGAUUGCUUAAACGCGGUAAGGCCAUAUUUGACGUCAAGAUCGGAGGAGAUGCUCUGCUGAUGUACAUACUGCUGAAAACCUUCCAGAUAGACACUGCUACAGAGAACAGCUUGCAGGAGGCGAUUCAGAUUGGCCUGUCUUGUGCGCUAAGCCGCCGGACCGGCGAGCGAACACCCAGAACGAAACGACUUUUGGCACAUCCUCAGGAGGUCUUCUUCGACAGCAACGAGGUCAUCAUCGUUGCUAAGGCACCCACCGCUUCUAGCGCCAACUAG